AUGAUUAAAGAAAUAGUGUAUUUUGUAUAUUAUUAUGGAAUUACCCACUCAGUUUCAGUGCAGGUCACCGCUCUUGUCCUUAUCGUGACAUACUUUUUUGUUAUUCGUCCAAUUAACUCACCUUUAUGGAGAGUUCCCGGACCAUAUUUACAUCGGGUAACUUACUUUCCAUGUUUAAAUGCCCAACGAAAGGGAGAAUGGAUCUCCAAAGUUUAUGAUUUGCACAAGAAAUAUGGUGAUGUAGUUUUACUUUCUCCAAAUGAAAUCAGCGUCAAUGGUGACCCAAAAUAUUUGACUGAUAUUUAUGUAAAGAACCUCCCAAAGUCAAAGUUUUAUGAAAACUUUAGAAAUCAUGGAUUCCAGGAUAAUAUUUUUGCCAGUUUGGAAAAUGAUAGACAUAUCAAGUAUAAAAGAAUGAUAAAUAACUUGUACAGUAAAUCUUCCAUCUUCUCCAAAGAAAACCACACAAGAUCAGUUUUAUUUGACACCACAAAAACAUUAGUCGAUGCAGUUGCUAGAGAAUCUCCGUCAAUUGAUGUGUUUACGUUAUUUGGUUCCUUGGCCAUGGAUGUGGUUUCAAGGUUUGAACUUGGUAGAGACAAUGGAACGGAUUUAUUGAAUCAUCCACAAGAAAGGCAUAUUAUUGAAUCUCAUAGAAAGGUGUCUUGUAUGGGGUUCUGGACAACAUUGAUGCCAAGCUUCUUUUGGAAUUUGGCAGCAACCAAGGCCACCUUGCAAGCUGUUGAUGAUAUUUGCAAUUUCCAAUUGGGUUUAUAUAAAAUUGCAGAAUCCAAUCUUGUGUCCAAUGGUAAAAACCUAACUACGAUACAAACACUCAAGAAGUACGGAUUGGAAGGAAAUUCUGCGUAUUCUUUUCUCACGGAUAAUUUAUUUGCUGGACAUGAAACUACAGCUGUUCAAUUGACAUAUUUGUGUUAUGAAUUAUCAAGACCAGCUAAUUACAAAAUUCAGAAUAGAUUAAGAUAUGAGCUUCAAGAAGCAUUUCCAAGUGGUCAAAUUGAAGAUUUGGAAGUGGUUGAUAAUCUUCCGUAUCUUAAUGCGUUGUUGUCCGAAAAUGGUCGAAUUCACACCUCAAUUCCUGGAGCUGAGCCACGUGUGGUUGCAAAACCGUAUACUAUUGGCAAAUUGCUUAUUCCAGUUGGUACGGUUAUCUCUUGUCUUCCUUAUGCGUAUCAUAGAAAUCCGUCGGUAUUUACCAAUCCUGAUAAAUUUAUCCCCGAAAGAUGGUUAGUUGACAACGAAGAAGACAAGAAACGAGUCAAACAACAAGCGAAGUAUAUGAUGCCAUUUGGUAAAGGUGUAAGAAUGUGUCUUGGGAUGAACUUGGCACUCAUUGAAAUGAAGUUGGCCAUUGCAAGUUUGUAUUUAAACUUUUCUUCUUCCAUUGACGAAGACUGGUGUGGCAAAGUAUUAGAAAAUGAUGACCCCAUAGGUAUCGGGAAUUCAUGCACUCAUGAGACUGAUCAGGAUAAAAUGAAAAUGUACGAUGCUUAUACUACGAGACCAAUGCUAGAUGAAUGUUACUUGAAGUGGACAAGAUUAACUCCUUGA